UUGAAAAAGGUUUCUUUCAUAAGAAGUAUCAAAGCUUAAGAGACCAUCCUGAUAAAUUUUUUAAUUACUAAAGGAUGUCAGUAGCCAGCUUCGAUAAGACUUUACAAAUUGUGCGUCCGUACAUCACCUUCAUGAAUACAAAAUUUCGCAAAUGUAUUUCACCAGAGAAGCGCCUGUCUGUUACUUUGAGGUAUCUUGCUAGUGGAAACAGUAUGAAGUCGCUGUAUUUUGAAUAUUUGAUUGGUACAACAACACUAAGUGGAAUAAUUGAACACACAUGCAAGUGUUUGUGGAUAUGUUUGCAACCUACAUAUAUGCCUGAAAAAACCGAAGAAGAUUGGAUAAAUAUAGCAAAACUUUUUUUUGAAAGAACAUAUUUUCCUAAUUGCCUUGGUUCCUUAGAUGGAAAACAUGUACGAAUAGAAAGGCCAGAAAAUACUGGAUCAGAAGCUUUCAAUUAUAAAAAAUUUUAUUCUUUAAUACUAUUAGCUAUUGUUGAUGCGGACUUUUGCUUUUCUGCUAUAGAUGUUGGAGCAUAUGGAUCGAAUAGUGACUCAAGCGUAUUCAAAAACUCGAAUUUUGGCAAAAGAUUUUUGAACAAUCAAAUGCAUUUACCAGUAUCUGCAAUAUUACCUAACUUUCCCACUUUCAGAACACUUAAUGAGGCCUUAUCCAAAUAAAAAUUUAUCCAUAAAAGAAAGAGUUUAUUACUAUAGAUUAUCCUAUGCCAGAAAGAUUGUCGAAUGUGCAUUUGGAAUUAUGGCAAAUAAAUGGCGUAUUAUGCACAGACCGUUAGACGUAAAAUUGGAUUUUUGCGACCGCAUUAUUAAAGCUUGUUGCAUAUUGCACAACUUUGUAAGACAACAUGAUGGCAAACAGCUUAGUGACUCUUCUCAGUCGCUUUCGAUCUUAAGAGUUCGACAACAGUUUGAGUUCUUAAAUAUUUAUAUACAUAUACAUAUAAUCUUGAAAUAAAUAAACACUAAUAAAAUAAACUGCA